AUGAACUUAAUUGCAACUUGUUUUCAAUUAAUACUCAGGAAACUUUUCUUCUCAUGUAAGGUUUUCUUUUGUUUGUUCAAUUCAAAUCCACCAUUCGUAGAGUUUAUGAAAUUUGGAAAACAAUGCCAAGAAUUGUUGAAUCGAUUGAUUUACGGUUCAAAGCAUCACGAAAUCAACGGGAAUAACUUUGGGAAGUCGAAUGAAAUUUGA